AUGACUGAGCUCACAGGCAGAGUGUCUCCAAGCCCACUUGGUGUUGUUACAGCUCCCUGUGUGUCCAAAGUGGAGCUUCGUGUUUCCUGCAAAUCUUUGCUGGACAGAGAUACUCUCAAUAAAUCUGAUCCAUCUGUGGUACUUUUGAUGCAGUCUCAAGGACAUUGGGUGGAGGUUGAUCGGACUGAAGUUAUAAAGAGUAACUUGCAUCCAGUCUUCUCUAAAAUUUUCAAUGUGGAUUAUUACUUUGAGGAGGUUCAGAAGCUUCGGUUUGAAGUCUAUGAUAUUCACGGCCACUGCAGUAUUGGUACACGAGAUGAUGACUUUUUGGGUGGGGUGGAAUGCACACUUGGGCAAAUUGUUGCUCAAAAGAAAAUGACAAAGCCCUUGUUCCUAAAGUAUGGAAAAUACGCCGGAAAGUCUACAAUUACGGUUAUUGCAGAGGAAAUAAAUGGAAACAAUGGCUACGUAGAAUUAGCCUUCUGUGCUAAGAAACUGGAUGAUAAGGAUCUUUUCAGCAAAUCAGAUCCUUUUCUGGAGAUAUACAGGAUUAAUGAUGAUGAGUCUGAGCAACUUGUCUACAGGACAGAGGUUAUCAAGAACAACCUGAAUCCUGUGUGGGAGUCAUUUAAAGUUUCCCUGAGUUCACUUUGCAGUUGUGAUGAAAAGAGACAGCUAAAGUGUUUGGUCUGGGAUUACGAUAGCCGUGGAAAACAUGACUUCAUUGGAGAGUUUUACUCCACAUUUGAGGAACUGCGGAAGGCAAUGGGAGAAAACAAGAUCCAUUGGGACUGUGUUAAUCCAAAAUAUAAAGCAAAAAAGAGACAUUAUAAAAACUCUGGAACUGUCAUACUAAAAGAUUGUAAGUUGCACAGGGUAUAUUCCUUUCUAGAUUACAUAAUGGGAGGAUGCCAGAUUCACUUUACGGUAGCCAUUGACUUCACAGCUUCAAAUGGAGACCCACGAAACAGCUGUUCUUUACAUUACAUCAAUCCCUAUCAGCCCAACGAGUAUCUGAAAGCACUUAUCUCUGUUGGUGAGAUCUGUCAAGAUUAUGACAGUGAUAAGAAAUUUUCUGCCUUGGGAUUUGGAGCAAGAAUUCCUCCUAAUUAUGUGGUUUCACACAAUUUUGCCAUUAAUUUCAAUUCUGAAGAUGAUGAAUGUGAAGGAAUACAAGGAGUAGUUGAGUCGUAUCAGAGCUGCCUACCUAAAAUCCAACUUUAUGGGCCAACAAAUGUGUCUCCUAUCAUAAGCAAGGUGGCGAAGGUGGCUGCUGAGGAGGAGAAAACCAAAGAAGCCUCUCAAUAUUAUAUCCUACUGAUUCUAACAGAUGGUGUCGUUACUGAUAUGGCGGAUACAAGGGAGGCAAUAGUCCGAGCAUCAUACCUUCCAAUGUCCAUCAUCAUUGUUGGUGUUGGGAAUGCAGAUUUUACAGACAUGCAGAUACUAGAUGGUGAUGAUGGGGUUUUACGAUCACCAAAGGGGGAACCUGUGCUAAGAGACAUUGUUCAGUUUGUCCCCUUCCGUGAAUUUAAAAAUGCUUCUCCAGCAGCUUUGGCCAAAUGUGUCUUAGCAGAAGUUCCAAAACAAGUUGUGGAGUAUUACAGUUACAAGGCUAUUCCUCCAAAAUGUCCAACAAUGGAUUCCUCUGAAUCAGCAUGCACAACUCCGGAAUAA